AUGGGCAAUACUGGACUUCCGAGCAAGGACUGCCACACUUGUCGCCGUCGUCGGGUGAAGUGUGACCUCGGUCGCCCCGGCUGUUUACGAUGCGAGAAGAUCGGCCAAGACUGCCCGGGCUAUAGAGACUUGGGUAGGGUGGGUUCCAGCUUCCGGAUCGUAACCCCAGAAUCCUACCCGCAUCGAAAGAGACAGAACAGCCGCCGGCGGCUAAAGCAGAACCGUGAACAAGAAGCGCGGUAUCUUUGUCAAUUCGUUGGAGCGAGGCAACCGUCACUUCCAUAUGCGCUGACUGAACAGUGGGAGGCACAUGUCAAACCUCUUGUCAUCAGCCAAUUUACGAUUGUGACAUCGCAGGGAGCUCGUGUAUACGGCUCGGUCGAUUUCCUGCCGCAACUACUUGAGCACGCUGAUACUAAAUCCACACUGUAUACAGCGUGCAGUGCUAUCGCCUCCGCCUACUUUACCAACCGGGCACGUUCUGAUAGCAUUGGCUUUGGCCAUCGAAAACUCUAUGGGAAGGUCUUGCGAUCUCUGUCCAAUGAUGUCGCAAAUGUAGAGAUGCAAAAGCAAGACUCAACGCUGGCGACGAUGUGGCUGUUGUGUUUGUAUGAGCUCAUAGCCGGGACACCGGCCCAAGAAUCCAAGCUGGAACCUCAGGGCUGGGAAGUGCAUAGCAAAGCAAUGAUCGGGCUCUUGCGAUUGCGAGGCCAGAACCAGUUCCAAACCUCGACAGGACGUCUGCUUUUCCAGCUAGCGUACCAAAGCAUUCAAAUACAGGCGAUGCAAACAGGCCGGAGGCCGCCACCGGAAGCAAUCGCAUGGUUGCAUUCAAUGCAGACAUCCCCGAUGGCGAAAGAGAUGAUGUUUCUGCCGGCAUUUUUGUACAGUGACUUGGCUUCGCGAAUCUACAGUACAAUCCGGGAUCUGAUCGACCAAGGCUCACACGAAAAGAUGCUCUUAGGCGUAAACGACAUAGUCAUGGCCUGCAAAAAUCUGGAAUCGUCGAUAAGUGCAGUGAUCACACAAGACCUAGCCUCACAAUCACAACCAGGCCCAUCCGACGACCUGACGACAGGAAGAAGUGCCAAAUGGUUGAUGAACAAGCAUGCUGCGAAAUAUCUCGAUGCAUGCCUCUUCAAAGUUCAUCAAGGAAUUUUAGACUUGCUGUCCGAGACACUAAAAGCUAAUCCAACACCGAAGGAGCACGAUGAACUCCUGUGUCUACGUGAAUCCAGCAUUAAGCGUUUGCAGGACAUUGCGGACCAUAUCCUAGUGUCUCUCCCUCAACUUAUGCCGGCCAAAGCGGCCAGCGCUGACAAACAGGGUCAAAACAUUCCGACAUGGGGACACGCAUUAAAACUACUAUGGCCCUUGCGUCUAAUUUCGUCCUCCGCCGUUGUGUACGAAGAACAGCGUGCUGCUGCGGACCUGGGUCUACUUCGAAUGGGCCACGAGGCUGGCAUCAUGCAGGCAUUGGGGGCAUAA